AUGUUUCAGCUGCGCUGGUCGACUUUCCGCACGCGCAUGCUCUGCAGAAAAUGUCGGAAAGUUCUUAAGUUUGGUUUCCUUUGUACUGGCGCCAGUGUUCUGCUCCUUCUGCUUGUUGCUUCAGGGGAGCAGAAGUGUUCCAAAGAUGGCUGUGGUGAAGGGGGUAGUUUCGUCCAUAAGUUCGGAGCGAGAGAAACGAGACCCAAUUCUGACACGAAGAGAAUUUUACGAUGGACUGGGUUUUUUGGCGAUUUAUCUUGGGAGAAUACAGAUGACUCUUACUUCAAACCAUGUAAGGUAAACAAAUGUACAAUGACCAAUGACCGUUCAUUGCUGGAUGAAAGUGACGCCAUUUUGUUCCACGUCGGAGCUUUGUUCAAUUUUUGGCGGGGGCAUAGUUUGCCCAGCAGAAGACUUCCUUUUCAGGUCUGGAUUCUACACAACGUGGAGCCGCCGCCUCGAGUUCCGCUCAACUUGGCCAGGUUUCCCGGGGUGUUUAACUGGACAGCCUGGUAUAGAAGAGACUCUGAUGUUCCGGUCGUGUACGGCGGAUACAAACACUACCCCAUGCCGCCAAGCCUCAAGUUUAACAAGUCCUUGAAGCCCAACUGGGCCAGGGAGAACAACAGAUUCUCCGCCUGGAUGUCUAGCAACUGUUACGACUACAACAGAAGGCAGUUAAUUACAGCGGAAUUGAAAGAUCGCCUAGGAAAAGAUAUGGACUUGUAUGGAAAAUGUGGUGACAAGCAAUGCCCAGACACAAUCUGCUUUGAAACAAUCUCCAAUUAUAAAUUUUUCUUCACUUUUGAAAACAGCAACUGCCGAGAUUACAUCACAGAAAAGUUCUGGACCGCCUUGUUGAGACGACAGGUGCCGGUAGUUUUGGGCGGCGCUUCUACGGAAGACUAUACAAAGAUAGCUCCACCCCAUUCGUUCAUACAUGUCAAUGAUUUCACAGACAUUAAACACCUAGUGGAUUACCUGUACUACCUGGCUAAAAAUGAGACCGCCUAUAAUGAAUAUUUAGACUGGUCAACAGAGAUGGACAUUUACGGGGAGUUGACUGCUAGAAGGAAGUGGUGGUGUGACGUGUGUGAAGCCUUGCAUGACAAAUCACGACCAGCUCAAGUAUACACAGAUAUCCAGGGCUGGUUGCAGAAUGACGUGUGUCCUCAGUGGACG